AUGUGGUACACUCGUAGACAGCAACCCGUCCGCAUUGGAUUGUGGUACACAGCCAAUGGGUUUGGAAUCGCUCUUGGCGGCUUGCUAGGGUACGCUAUUGGGCAUAUCAAAGGAGCUCUACCAUCAUGGAAAUACGAGUUCCUGAUCAUUGGAGCGCUAUGCUCCGCUUGGGGAAUCAUAAUGUUCAUCAUGCUACCCGACUCACCCGUAAACGCUCCUUUGCUCACGCCUCGCGAACGACGCGUCGCCGUGGAGCGUCUCCGGUCCAACCAGACCGGCGUCGAAAACAAGCACCUCAAACGCUACCAAGUAAUCGAAGCCUUGAAAGACCCCAAAACGUACUUCUUCUUCAUCCUAGGAGCAAUCCACAACGCACCAAACGGGGGCAUCUCCAACUUCGGCACCAUAAUAAUCAAAGGCUUCGGCUACUCCACCCUCGUAACCACCCUCCUCCAAGUCCCCUACGGCAUCCUCAUCGCCCUCCUCAUCCUCUCCUGCGUCUACUUGAACAACUACUUCUCCACCACCACCGCCCGUCAAACCCGCUGCUGGUUCAUCCUCCUGUACCUCCUCCCCAACAUCGCCGGCACCUUCGGCCUACGCUACAUCGCGCAAGAGCACCACCUCGCCCGCCUAUGGUGCUACUACCUCACAGGCUCCUACAACGCCGCCUUCGUGCUCAUCCUGUCCCUCGCCGUGGGAAACACCGCAGGCCACACCAAAAAGGUCGUCACCAACGCGUUCCUCUUCCUUGGCUACUGCGUGGGCAACAUCGCGGGGCCGUUCUUCUACAAGAGCGAGCAGAGUCCGACGUACACGUUGGGCAUUUGGAGUAUGAUUUUCUGCCAUUUGGUGGAGUUUGGGAUUGUGCUGGGGUUUAGGGGGUAUUUGAGGGGGGAGAAUGGGAGGAGGGAGACCAUGUACGGCGAGCAGGUGGAGACGGAUGCGACUGCGUUUGGGGAUUUGACGGAUUGGGAGAAUAGGAAUUUUAGGUAUGUGUAUUGA